UCGUCCGCGCCAUUCAGUCCGCCGUUAAGCCGUUUAUGUGCCAAUGCACUUGCAUUGAACAAAAAAGAAUAUAUAAUUCGUAUUUCGAACGCGUGUAUCCCGCGAAAACGUUGCGAAAGUGAAAAAGUAAGGAUUCUUUGUGUUUGUGUUUAAUCUGUGGUGUAGUGGUUAACGUGAAAUAUCGGUGAUGGGCUCCCUGCCUCGCAUGUCGGUGGUGAGCGGCGGGCGGGCGGUGGUACCGGCUGCGCCGCUGCCGACCCACCUGGCACGGCUGGCCGCCAGCCAGGAGACGGCUCUUGUAUAUUCAGAUGAAACCUGCAAUGCUCGUAUCAGUUAUGUGGAAAUGGAAGCUCAGACGAAUGCGAUAGCGAAAGCGUUGUCUAAACGCGCCAGACCGACUGGCGCCAACAGGGACGGUGACUAUGUGAUAGCUGUGUGCAUGCAACCUACACACAAUACAGUGUUAACAUUAUUAGCGACUUGGAAGGCGGGGGCAGCGUAUGUGCCGAUGGAACCCAGCUUCCCACAAGCGAGGAUAUCACACAUACUGCAAGACGCUGAGCCGGCCUUAGUUAUUUAUGAUGAUAGUGCAAAUCCAGCUAUGUUCGCCGGCAGUGGCAUCCCAUCGGUGUCUUUUGAAGAAUUGAUUCAAGAAGCCAGUGGACUAUCCGCCGAGGAACUAAAAAGUCCGGAAGUGUUGGCUCACGCCGGAACAGACAGUAUUGCUAUCGUACUGUACACAUCUGGAAGCACGGGUGUGCCGAAAGGUGUCCGUCUACCUUAUUCGGCUAUAUGCAACCGACUCUGGUGGCAAUUCCGGACCUUCCCCUAUUCGAAUACAGAGAAGACCUGUGUUUGGAAGACGGCUUUGACCUUUGUGGAUUCAGUCUGUGAAAUUUGGGGCCCUCUUCUACACGGUAGGACUCUGUUAAUCUUAUCGAAGGAGACGACUAGGGAUCCACAAAAAUUGGUGCGAGUUUUAGCUGAGAAUCAGGUUGAAAGAUUAGUACUAGUGCCGACUCUCCUUCGUUCUAUCCUAAUGUACCUAUCCCUCACACCUUCCGAAAGGCCUUUACAGUACCUAAAGCUUUGGGUCUGCUCAGGAGAGACCCUAAGUAAAGAGUUAACAACCCAGUUCUUCCGAUACUUCGGUGACAAUGGUGGAUACAAACUGGCGAAUUUCUACGGCAGUACCGAAGUUAUGGGAGACGUCACUUACUAUGUACUGGAGAAACUUAGUCAGUUAGACGUGUACAAUACUGUUCCUAUCGGUUCCCCAUUAGACAACUGUGCGGUGUACCUCUUAGAUGAGGAGAUGAAUCCGGCCCGUGAGACUGAACCAGGGGAAGUGUGGGUCGCUGGACAUAACCUAGCAGCUGGGUACGUGGGAGCUCAGGGUGCUGAUAAAUUCUGUGACAACCCGCAUGCUGACCAUCCAGACUUUAGCCGUCUAUAUCGCACUGGCGACUUUGGGAUCCUACAGAAGGGAGUGAUCCUUUACGCUGGACGUACCGACUCUCAAGUCAAAAUUAGAGGUCACAGGGUCGAUUUGCAAGAGGUUGACCGUGCCGUGACUGCAGUACCCGGCAUUGAAAAAUGCGUUGUACUAUGCUACGGCUUGGAACGAGGGAACCCUGAAAUCUUAGCAUUUGUCACCAUAGAACCAAGUGCACGCAUCGCCGCGCAUCAUAUUGAGGCCAGCUUGAAGAACUCUUUAACUAGCUACAUGAUACCGCAGGUAAUUGUGAUAGAAAGCAUCCCCUUGCUUGUGAAUGGGAAAGUGGACCGGCAAGCAUUGCUGAAGAUGUACGAGAAUACAAACAAUAAUGACGACUCUGCAAUCGCAUUAGACAUUGACUAUACAGGCGUAGAUGAACAAGAUAAAGAAGCGGCUAAAGUUCUCUUCGAAACAGUGGGAGAAGUGCUGGGGCGCGCCGCCAGAGGAACUUUGUCCGUAAGAGCCGGCUUCUACGAACUGGGAGGGAAUUCCCUCAAUUCCAUCUACACGAUCACCAAGUUAAGAGAAAAAGGAUACUAUAUCGAAAUCAGCGAGUUCCUGGGCGCAGCCAACCUUGGUGAGGUACUGGCCAACAUGAGUACGAGCCCCGACAGCGGAGCGGACAGCAACGAGCCCAAGUUCGCAGCCGAGCUCAUGAAGGAUGAGGACAAACAGCAGGUUAUCGACAUGAUAGUAUCAUCAUUCUAUGAGAAAGCGGAGUUGGAACAGUUCCUGAAACACGAGAUUGAUACCAUGGAUUACGCACACUGCAUAGACGCGUGCUGGGCUGCACUGCUGCGGGCCAGGCUCAGUGUGGUGCUGAGGGAUGGUACAAACACGCCGGUGGCAGUGGCUCUAAACUUCGACGCUCGGGACGAACCUGAAAUUGAAUUGACCGGUGGACUUGCCAAGAUAAUGGGAUUUUUGGAGUUUGUUGAGGGCUCUGUGAGAGAUACGUUAUUACCGGAAGGCAAAGGCACGAUCCUGCAUUCGUUCAUGAUGGCCACGAACGCGGAACUGUCUCCGCGAGACAACGUUGCCGCGAUACGGGCGUUAGAGCAUGCCACUAUGAGAAUUGCGAGGGACAGACGGUUCAAAGGCGUGUUCACCACAAACACUAGUCCACUUACACAGCAAUUAGGAACCGAUGUGCUCGGCUUCCAAACACUCCUCGACUAUCAGAUCAACCAAUACGUAGAUCCCAAUGGAGACAGGACCUUCGGGAAAGCACCAGAUGACAUGAGGGCAGUCGUUUGCUGGAAACCAGUCGACUAAUGUGAUAUUAUUUUUAUUUAUAAUAAGGUUCACUUGAAGGCUCUAAUUGUAAGAUUACUUAGUAAUUAGUAAUUGUACUUUUAAAUAAUAAUAAUUGCCCAUUAUUUAAUGUGAUAUUAAUUAUUUUCAUCUUUCAUAAGAAUGUAAUAAGUAUUUGUAAAUAGUUUUAUUUAUAUAAAUUUAAAUAAAAGAAGAUUCAGUUAAUUAAUUUAAAAAUUAUGUUAAACUUACAAUAUUGUCUUUGGUAUAGAAAAAAAAUCUUUAAAAGACACAUGUAUUAUCUGUUAUCUUAAAAGGAAGAGAUCGGAGGCUUAUUUUUUCCUAUUUUAAUGUCCUGGUGAAAAAUGAACAAGAAUACAACCAACUAACUUUUCUAAUUAAAAAUAGUAUCAUCAAAAUUGGUUUAAAAUUCGCAAAGAUAUCGUGUAAUAUCAUGAAGAAAUUCAGCUACACUAAAAUCAACAGUUGCAGCUGACAAUUUAGUAUGGGAGGCUGUCACUUAUAUUUUAAUUACAUGCAAUUCUAGUACCUACCAGUUUUAUUAUAUAUACCAGGCCAGAGGCGAAUUAAACGUGUUUAGAAAUAAGUAUUUAAUUUGUAAAUUCACUAUGUACCCAUAAUUUAACAUUUACAAAUAAUUAUCAUGAAUGAAUGUGAUAUAAAAUAUGGUAACUACAAUUAAAAUUAGUAUUAUUGGAAUAAUAAGUAUUAAUUUUCAUUAAAGUACAUACUUGCCCUUGCAAUAUAUAUUAAAUGACAUUGUUCAUUAAUGCUAGUAAGCAGUGACCGAUCUAUUUACCUAUUCAGGCAAAAGUGAAGAUUUGCGUAUGACCACGCAGCAAAUUAAUUCUGCUGCUCUAGGCAUUUGCCCGCUUAGCGCCCCUAGAUCGGGCCCUGCUAUUGACCAUGUUAAUACUUUAAGAUCUCUGAUAAUGAUGAUGUUUUAAUGUAUUUUUUGUCACAACGACCUCGUGUAAUGAGUCCGAGUUACGGUUGAGCUUAUUAGGCAACUUUUCUAAUUUAGCUCCGUUCAAAGUGUUUUGGAUUUGAUUUAUUUGCGGUCAUUGGUAUGUUUCUGUUCUGUUCUCUGGCACAUAUAGGUAUUUGUUAAUUAUUUCCUUUGUUUAUAAAUUAUACAUUAUUGUUAACCUUUAGUUUUUAAGUGACAAAAAUAGAUAAAAAAAAAUCAUAACCAACCGCGACAGGGUUGCGCUGUGAGUAUUGUUUUGUACUACGUUGCAUGAAAACCAUUAUUGCACAUGGCGGCAAAGCACCGUGUAUUAAAUGUCUAUUUUAUAGAAAUUUGUUAUUUAUUAGAUGACAAAUAACUUUGUCGAUAGCUUCAUUUCCUUUCAAUAUUUUGAGUUGCAACUAAGUACCCAAAUAAUUUAUUAACAGGGCCUGAUCUAACUAACUUUCAGGUUCAGAAAAAAAUAUAAUAUUCAAUUAAUUUCAUUUACACUGAAUGACUAUUUUAACUUGUAGUGAAAUCAUUAUGACGCUCUGGGCAAUUGCCCAGCUGGUGCACCCCCUAAAACGGAUCCUGUCCAUUAUAAUUAUUAACUAAUCAGUUAUUGUAAAUUAUAAUAAAUACUAUUGUAUUUAUAAUUUGUUUUCUUUGUAUUAUUUCAUUCACGAAUUGACAUCACUCGGAAACGGUUGGACUAAUUUGAUUAAAGAAAAAAAAUUAAUUUUGACAGAACGACGUCUGGUAAUCAGUUAAUUUAAAAUAAAUACAAUAAAUAUUAAUAUAAAACAUCUACUUUAUUAAAUUACUUAAUUGAAUAUCAAUGGUCACAAAUAAUAGUUAAAAUUGUAUAAUUCACGAUCAGUAUUGACUAGAUAGUUGACUAGGUUCAUUUUCAUUUAUACAUAAUAUUUUAUUAUAUGUAAGUAUGAUAAGGGCAAACACUCGCUGACGAUACAGUAAAUGACUGCUGUUGAUUGUAACUUCGUUUACGAGCAUGUUACUAAGCAGUUAUUCUUGCAUGGUCUUUAAUUUUGAAAAUCAGGCCUCAGAAAUAGCAAUGUUUGAAGACUCCAAGUGAAUCUUCUAAUGUCUUCUACAGAUAGUUACUAUUUUCCAUCAUGUGUACUGUCUAGAAAAAUUUGCCCGAAGGUGCCAAUUAGAAUUAAAGCCGGCCCUGGCUAUUAUAUUUAUGCUGUUAUCUGUACCACAGACGAACGCUGGCCCUUGUCUACAUUUCAAAUUCUUAAUAUAUUUAAUAAAUCGUGUAAUGAUAAUUGACAAUAAAUAUUUAACAAUUACCUA